GCCAGGCGCUUGCCGACCUCCUCCAGUCCGGAGUGGCACCAUUAUGAAAGACUCAUCCUCCGCUAGGUCCGGAGCGGAGACAGCUGCUGGCCAAACUGUUUCACGGGCUGCGGGAUUUAACCCCACACAGGAUAUCCACAAUAGAUGGCUGAAAGCCCCGGAGGAGACUUGCCUGAGUCUGCGUGGUGAAGAGAAUGAAAUCUUGGAUAGAAAAUACUUUCACCAAGAGAGAAUGCACCUAUAUAAUUCCGAGCUCAAAAGACCCUCACAGAUGCCUUCCAGGAUGCCAGAUUUGCCAGCAGCUUGUGAGGUGCUGCUGCGGCCGCUUGGUCAGACAACAUGCUUGCUUUACAGCGAGUGUUGCUAUGAAGUACUCCGAUCUGAAACUAGGUGAAAAUUUCGUGGAUGAUUUAGAAGAAUGGUCUGUAGAAAAACACACAGAGGAGAGCCCAACAGACGCAUUUGGUGUUAUAAACUUUCAAGGCGGUUCACACUCCUACAGAGCCAAGUAUGUACGAUUGUCCUACGACUCCAAACCUGAAGCAAUUUUACAGCUGCUGCUUAAAGAAUGGCAAAUGGAAUUACCCAAACUUCUUAUUUCUGUGCAUGGGGGAAUGCAGAAAUUUGAGCUCCAUCCUCGCGUCAAACAAUUAAUUGGCAAGGGUCUAAUCAAAGCUGCAGUGACCACAGGAGCCUGGAUUGUUACUGGCGGCGUCAAUGCUGGUGUCGCGAAACAUGUUGGUGAUGCACUUAAAGAACACGCUUCAAGAUCUUCCAGAAAAAUUUGCACCAUUGGAAUAGCGCCAUGGGGAGUUAUUGAAAACCGAAACGACCUUGUUGGAAGAGAUGUUAUCGCUCCAUACCAAACGCUCCUCAAUCCCCUCAGCAAACUCAACGUCCUCAAUAACCUUCAUUCCCAUUUCAUACUGGUUGAUGAUGGAACUGUUGGAAAAUAUGGAGCUGAAGUGAGCUUAAGAAGAGAACUGGAAAAAACGAUAAACUUACAACGCAUCCACGCACGUAUUGGCCAAGGAGUCCCAGUCGUAGCACUUAUAUUUGAAGGAGGCCCUAAUGUCAUCCUGACCGUGCUGGAGUACCUCCAGGAGAGCCCACCCGUCCCCGUUGUUGUUUGUGAAGGAACUGGGAGAGCUGCUGAUAUCUUGGCUUAUGUGCAUAAGCAGACAGACGACGCAGGGGAGCUACCCGAUGGUGCCGACUCGGAGAUCAUUUCUACAAUCAAAAAGACCUUCAACUUCAGCCAGUCUGAAGCCGUUCAUCUUUUCCAGAAUGUGAUAGAGUGUAUGAAAAGCAAGGAACUUAUAACGGUAUUUCACAUUGGCUCGGACGAGCACCAGGACAUUGACGUUGCAAUUUUAACAGCCCUUCUUAAAGGCACAAAUGCUUCUGCACUGGACCAGUUGAUUCUAACCCUGGCAUGGGACAGAGUCGACAUUGCGAAAAACCAUGUUUUUGUCUACGGACAACAGUGGCUGGUUGGCUCUUUGGAACAAGCCAUGUUGGACGCCCUUGUGAUGGAUAGAGUCUCUUUUGUUAAACUUCUUAUAGAGAACGGAGUCAGCAUGCACAAAUUCCUCACGAUCCCCCGGCUGGAAGAACUGUAUAACACUGGCAAUCUUCCUCCAGGCUACAAAAUCACGCUCAUUGAUGUGGGCCUUGUCAUCGAGUGCCUGAUGGGAGGAACUUAUAGAUGCACUUAUACAAGGAAGCGCUUUCGGAUUAUUUACAACAAUCUGCCGGGUGGAAAUCGGAGAUCGGGAAGAAACACGUCAAGCAACACACCUCAAAUGCGAAAAAAUCACGAAUCCUUUGGAAAUCGGGCAGAUAAAAAGGAGAAAAUGCGCCACAACCACUUCAUCAAAACGGCGCAGCCUUAUAAACCAAAGCAAGAUGCAUCCGCAGAUGACGGGAGAAAGAAAAGGACCAAAGAUGAGAUUGUAGACAUUGAUGAUCCUGAAAUGAAACGCUUUCCUUACCCUUUCAAUGAGUUAUUGGUUUGGUCUGUGCUCAUGAAAAGACAGAAAAUGGCACUUUUCUUUUGGCAACACGGAGAAGAGUCCAUGGCAAAGGCACUCGUUGCAUGCAAGCUAUGUCGCUCCAUGGCCUAUGAAGCAAAACAAAGCGAUGUGGUGGAUGAGACAUCUGAAGAAUUUAAAGAACAUUCCAGCGAAUUUGGACAGCUGGCUGUAGAUCUACUUGAUCAGUCUUUCCGACAAGAUGAAACUAUGGCAAUGAAGCUUCUCACAUAUGAACUGAAAAACUGGAGCAAUUCUACCUGUCUAAAGCUUGCUGUAUCCUCGCGGCUUCGUGGUUUUGUGGCCCAUACCUGCACCCAGAUGCUGCUAUCUGAUAUGUGGAUGGGAAGGUUAAACAUGAGGAAGAAUUCCUGGUAUAAGGUCAUCUUGAGUAUUUUAGUUCCUCCUGCCAUCCUGAUGCUUGAAUAUAAAACCAAGGCAGAAAUGUCCCACAUACCCCAGUCUCAAGAUGCACACCAGAUGUCCAUGGAGGACAGCGAGAACAACUUUCAGCAUGUUUCCGAAAACAUUCCUAUGAACCAGUUCAACGAAGUUCGUGUUUUCGAUACCACCAUUGCCAAGCAUGAAAUCGAGACUCAGGCUAAACCUCGGAAACUUCCAAUAACACAGAAAUUUUAUGCUUUCUACCAUGCUCCCAUUGUGAAAUUUUGGUUUAACACGCUGGCAUACUUGGGAUUUCUCAUGCUUUUCACGUUUGUGGUUCUUGUGAAGAUGGAUCCCUUGCCCUCUGUUCAGGAAUGGAUUGUGAUUGCAUACAUCUUUACCUCUGCAAUUGAGAAAGUUCGGGAGAUCUUUAUGUCAGAAGCUGGAAAAAUUAAUCAAAAGGUCAAGGUUUGGUUUGGAGACUACUUUAACAUCACAGACACGAUUGCAAUCAUCACUUUCUUCGUUGGCUUUGGACUGAGGCUGGGAGCUUAUAGGAGUUCUUCAGAGAUACCGUAUGAUCCAAACGCUGAGGAUGUUCACUAUUCAGCAUAUAUCCAAGUAGCUGGAAGGUUAACAUACUGUCUGAAUAUCAUUUUUUGGUAUGUCAGACUGCUGGAUUUUUUGGCUGUUAAUCAGCAAGCAGGACCCUAUGUGAUGAUGAUUGGAAAAAUGGUGGCAAACAUGUUUUAUAUUGUUGUUAUUAUGGCUGUUGUGCUGCUGAGUUUUGGUGUUCCAAGACAAGCCAUUCUCUAUCCUACCCAAGAACCAUCCUGGACUCUAGCCAAAAAUAUUGUGUUCCAGCCAUACUGGAUGAUCUUCGGUGAAGUGUAUGCCUAUGAGAUUGAUGUCUGUGCUAACAACUCUGAAGAAAUACCAGAUCUGUGUGGCAUUGGGACGUGGCUGACCCCAUUUCUUCAAGCCGUCUACCUCUUUGUACAGUAUAUCAUCAUGGUUAAUCUACUCAUUGCCUUUUUCAACAAUGUAUACUUCCAGGUAAAGGCUAUUUCAAACAUUGUGUGGAAGUACCAGCGAUACCAUUUCAUUAUGGCUUACCACGAAAAACCCGUCCUCCCUCCUCCUUUAAUCAUUCUGAGUCACUUGUCCUCCCUUUUCUGUUGUGUGUGCAAAAGAAGAAAAAAAGACAAGCAUUCACAUGGACCAAAGUUAUUCUUAACGGAGGAAGACCAAAAGAAGCUUCACGAUUUUGAAGAGCAGUGUGUUGAGAAAUAUUUCAAUGAAAAAGAUGACAAAUUUCAUUUGGGAAGUGAGGAGAGAAUCCGUGUUACGUCUGAAAGGGUGGAACAGAUGUGUGUUCAGAUUAAAGAAGUUGGGGAUCGAGUGAACUAUAUCAAGCGGUCCUUACACUCUUUGGACUCUCAGAUCGGGCACCUACAGGACUUGUCUGCUCUCACGGUGGAUACCUUAAAAACUCUAACGGCACAGAAGGCGUCGGAGGCUAGCAAAGUUCACAAUGAAAUAACCCGGGAGCUAAGCAUUUCAAAACAUCUGGGGCAAAACCUGGUCGACGAUGCCCCUAUCCGCUCUUCCAUGAGGAAAAAACAGAGUGUUGGGAAUUUCUUUGGCUCUUCGUUUCCACAAGGGAGUCCAGAGGCCAACAGCAAUUUUAUAUUCAACAUUUCCCUGCGAGAUGAAAGGAAUGCCCAUAGCAAGAAAAUAUGUGAGGAUUUGUCUUUUCCACCUCACAAAGAGACAUUACAUAUUUCAGAGGCUGGUCCUUCUGGAUGUGCCUUAAUUUCCACUGCUGACUGUCGCCGAGACUUGAGGAAGGACGCACAGGGCUCUGAAUCGCUUACUGGCGAUCAGAAAUCGACAACUAGCGUUCCAAGCUGCGCUUCCCCGGCGGCUACGUUUUUUGUAAGCACGCCGACCCAGCCUAGUAAAAGUCAGCUGGAAUUUGCAUCAAAACUUGACAAAUCUAUUCAUCGGAGAGCGUCAAAAGAAGCUGAAAAUAUAGUAGAAUUCGGAGCGUUUGUGGGUCACAGAGACAGCGUAAUGUUACCGAAAGGAAAGGAACUGGAAGCUCAGAACAAGGAAGAGUUUGAUACAGUUCCCCAUCCAAGCUUAAAGCAAGUGAGGUCGUGUACGGGGUUUAUGGAGAUUAAUAUGAAUAAACUCUCUCAGUCUCUGCGCCUAGACCAAUUGCACCCCAGCAGUAGGAGGGCAUCGCUCACUGUGGACUCAAAUGUGGAAGACUCCAAAGAAGCUUUUUUGACGGAUUGGCUGCAAACACACUCCUCAAACAAACCAAAACCUUCUGAGGAGGAUGCUUUGAAUGGUAAGUGUUAUAUGAACAAAGAUUCCUGA